AUGCCUCCGCGAGGAUGUUCCGCCAGAUUUCCGAUCAGGGUUCGCCUUGGCUCAUCCCGGAAGGCGCCUGAGGUGAUCCCACCUGCGCUUCCACGUGCUGAGGAUGACUCGCGCAUUUUUCCUAGAGAGAACCGUCGCCGAGCGCCCUUGACCCCCGUGGUGCUGUGCGCAGACGGCGCCGGCGGCUCGAUCCCGCGGAUGUCGGAUCGCACUCCGGGCGGCGCAAUCCCCGCGGUGGUGGGGCUGGGGCCUGGACAGGACGGCGAGCGGGGGGCGCAGAGCCACGGAGAGGGGCGGCCAUCUGCCGACGGGGGCGCCGUAGAGCCCCAAGGCUGCGACGUCGGAGGCAGAGUAGUGCCCUCCCUGGAGAUGACGGCCAAGUUCAUCGCCAACCGCCAGCCCCACGCGAGAGGGGGCGCGCCCGGCCUGAAGGACAUCGCCCUGCCGCUGCACGGGCCGUUCCCCGGCGCGGGGAGCGUCGCGGAGGCCGUGGCCAGCGCCGGCGCCCGGCUUUCGAGCCUGCGGUUCGGGCCCCCGUGCGCGGAGGAUGUUGCCGGCUCGCCCGCCGACUGCCCGGCGCCAGGCGUGCCCCAGGAUGCCACGGCGGCGCGCUUGCCAGCCGCGCCGGUCGAGGGGGGACCGUCCUGGAAUGGAUACGAACGGCCCCCAUCGGGUGGAGCGAGCCAAUUGAUGGAAAGCGCCCCUCCCGCGGAAGUGGCGUGCCCCAAGUACGACAUCGGCAGGUACCUGGCCGUCAACACCAUGCCCCACGCCCACCGCCACAAGUUCUUCCACCAGGCCAUGGAAGCCGGCUCCCCGCCCGGCCCCGCGCGCGAGUGCGCCGCGAUGCAGAUGCCCAUCGACGUGCCCACGCAGGCGAUCAACGCCCGGAGCGUGGGCGCAACGCCGCCCGCUGGAGGCGGGCCGCGGCUGUCGCCGUCUGAGGUGGCCUGGAGGCUGUCGAGAGAGUUCCAGGCGCUGCGAUCCCGCGUGCCCAUGCACUCCUUCGACGUGGCCACCGACCUGGCGACCGCCUUCCCCUCCACCGUGCCCAUCGCCACCGCGCUGUGGCUGCAGCAUGACGGUGCCAGCAGGGCGUUCUUCGAGGGGAUGAAGGUCAGGGAGCGGCUCGCAGAGCCCGAGGCGCGCGCCGGCGACGAGGAGAACCCCGCCCUAGGCGGGCCGGCGCCCGACCGCGGGGCGUCGAGCCUCUCCCACCGGGAUACAACCCCGUCGUCCUCCGGCGAGCCAUCCGACGGCGACGCCCCCGCCGCGCCAGCCGCCUCCCCCUGCGCCCAAGACGACGGCCCGGAUUCCCUCGGGCCCUCCCCCGGCGGCCGCCAACCGGACAGGACCCCACCCCGCGGCACGCACGGUCAUCUUUCCCCGUCGAAGGAGGCUGGCCGGAGCGGCGGGUCCCGGGGGCCCGGCGGGGGGACGGGCAGCUCGUGCUUCGUACUGCAGGGGCUACGCGACGCGUCGAUUCUGAAGGGGGUGGCGGGAGGGGAGGGCCCGGGGGCCCGGCCGGAGGCGGGGCCCCUGCCUGGGCGCGACGUCUGCAGGGUCGUCAGCGCGCAGGCCAACGCAAAGGACGGAUUCCGGCUGGGACCUGGGCACACAAAGAUCAGGUACAUUAACAGCUGUGGGGAGCGGGAGGUGGUGUGGCUGGCGGGCAGGGAGGGGAAGCGGGCCAGGGGGCCCGGGUUCACGCCGAGGCACGCGCCCAAGCCUGGCCCACCCGGGGAUGGGUCCGAGUUUCUGGCUAGGACGCCGCCGUCCAAGGUGCGGCGCAUCGGGGUUCCGCUGGAGGUGAGCUGCCCGGCGCCCAGGCCGCACGUGCAGGGGGGCGGGGCGCCCCAAGGCGGGCAGGCGGGAGAUGGGAGGGACGGAGGGCUGGGGCUCCGGGAGGCGUCCUACAGCCUGAGCGCGCCGCUGGACGCGCUCGAGGAGCUGCUGAGCGAAGAGAUCGGCUCCAGGCUGGUGGGCGACGGCCUGAGGGGCCUGUUCUCGCCCGCGAGGGAGGGAGGCGGCGGGCUGGCGGCCGGAAGGCCGCUGGACCAGGCAAGGGUGGACUGCUGA